AUGCGUUCUGGUGACUGGUUAGUAGAGGUCAACUCUCGAAAGCAAGCCCAGAACAUACAAAAAUUGAAAGCCCUUGCAACUAUUCCAAUCAGCGUCAGCCCCCAUGCAUCCUUAAAUACCUCUAAAGGAGUAAUCACUUGUGGGGAAAUCUUGAAUCUCUCUGUUGAUUAUAUAACAAAUGAGUUAAAAUCACAAGGAGUUGUACAUGUCCGCCGAAUUACCAUCAGGCGUGAUGGAGAAAUCAUUGAAACCAAACACCACAUCCUAACAUUUAAAUCUCCAAAAAUACCAGAAUAUAUCUAUGCAGGUUACAUCAAACUACCCGUAAGACCAUAUAUCCCGAACCCACUCAGAUGCUUCAAGUGCCAGCGCUUUGGCCAUUCAAAGACAAACUGCCGUGGUGCACUCACUUGUGCCCGAUGCGCAGAAAAAGGCCACUAUAGCCAGCAGUGUGCCGCAGCUGAAAAAUGCGUGAACUGCGGUGGCGAUCACACGUCCUACUCUCGAUCUUGCUCGCGAUGGCAGCUUGAAAAACAAAUAAUAACUCUCAAAAUCAAAGAAAAUUUAUCCUAUUCUGAAGCUAGGCGUAGGAUUGUAGCUCAAACUCCUACUCCUGGCAUAACAUAUGCUUCCGUUGCACAAAGGUCAUUUUGUGCAAACUGUUCUUGCACAAGCUGUGCUAAAAACAACAUGACACCCAAGCAACUCAAAAAAGUUUCCACUUCAGAUACUGAAAACUCCAUUAGUAGUACCCCUGAAACUCCUCCAGUUUUAAAAAAGAAAUCAAAGAAAAAAGCUAAAAACUCGCUGACAUUGAAACUUGCAAAACGCGGCCUUUCAUUACAAGACGUUCCUCAAAAAUUGAAAAAGUCAACAUUAAAAAAUUCCGUCGCUCUCGGGCUUGCGACGCAAGGUAAUGUCCAUAAGGACUUAACGUCCAUAUUCGGCAUACCAAAUAGCCCUGAUAUUAAGUUACACCCUUCUGAUGAUGAGGAUGACUUGCAGAUGAGUUGCGAGUAUGAAGCAACUCAAACAAAUACUUCUAAAGCUUCUUCAAAACCGCUUUCUUAA